CCAGCAACGCACGGCCGAGUACCUCACAGGGCAGCGCUUCUGCUUGGCGGCUAGGGGGAGCUCAGCCGCCGCCUUUGCCUUCGCGAGGGUUUUAGCGAGCAAGACACACGGGAGCAGGAGGGAGCGCGCCGAGAGAGGGACGCAAGGAGAUGGCCGCCAUGGUCGGAGCGCGCAGGGCGCUCCUCGCCGCCCGCUACUCCCCUCGCGGCGCGAUCGCGGCAUCGGCAACGCCUGUCCCCCCGUACCGGCUCGCGGAUUCGCCGCCCAGGCUUCCAGCUGAAAGAAGUUGUGUGCAGUCUUGGAUUCCACAUCGAGCAGCUGGCAACCUUGCAUCUGAACGUACUGAUGAAGACUAUCACCGCGAGUGGGGACAAAACAACGCAAGGUCCUAUGGGAACUCCCGUUCAAAUCACUUCGACCACCAGCUUAAGAGAGAUGCCCAUUCAGCUGGUUCCACAAGUGGUGUGAAUAUUGGUGGUAGUUCCGAGCAACCAUACAGAAGUGGUGCAUCGUAUGGCUUUCCAAACAGUAAUCAGAAUCAGACACAUAGUGGUGCAAGAGCAAAUAAUGAGCAACCUGGAUAUAAUGCAACACAACCUUAUUAUAGAACUAGUAGUGCAUACAGCCAGCAAAGCCUUGGUGGACAUCUUCCAAAUGCCCAUCAGCAGUAUGGAUAUGGUAAAAGUACCCCAGCUGGGUAUGGUAAAGGGCAAACUUAUCAUCAUCCUAAUGGAUAUGGUACAUAUGACUCUGGAUAUAACACCCAAAGUAACCGGAAGACCUAUAAAGGAGAGGGAGCUACUACUGCGCAGUAUGGAUAUGGUCCUUCAGGACAAGGUCCAAACUCAGUUGGAAAUGGUCAGCAAGUCUUUCAGCAACAGCAAUAUGUUGAUCAUAGAUCUAGGGGCGGUUAUCCAGAUAGACCUGGUAAUCCAACCUCCCAGUAUGCAAAUCCAACUCAUUUCAAUAAGGAGCAUGUUACAGGGUUUCAGCAAGGCAGCAAUAGCAAUUAUGGAUAUAAUGCUCCACAAGCAAAUCAGAGCCCUUAUGUCACUAGCCAAGUUGACACAAGGAGCACUCAAGUAUAUUCCAUGUACCUAAAUACAGAUGUGCAACGCCUCCCUAAUGGAAUUCAUCAAGAAAAACAUUCACAUGUUCAACCUACUACAUCAUUUGGGAAUCACUUGAACAGUGCCCCUCAUCAAGGUGGCGUAUAUUAUCAACCACUGCCUGGCAACCCUUCAAAUGAUAGCUCACCUUCUGAAGUAUCUAACGAAGUCAGCAGCAAACACAAAGGUACUGUUGAAGAACUGGAGAAGUUAUGUGAAGAUGGCAAUGUAAAAGAAGCGAUGGAGGUUCUGGCUUUGCUACAGGAAAAUGGAACUGUGCUACAUGCUUAUCAGUACUUUAGAUUGAUGCAAGCAUGCGGUGAUGCAACUGCUCUUGAAGAAGCAAGAGUAAUACAUAGUCAGAUAUCUGAAUCAUCAAUUACUGUGGACACAGAUGUUCAAAACAAAAUUUUGGAGAUGUAUGCUAAGUGCGGUUCAAUGGAAGAUGCUAAGAAGCUUUUCAGUACUAUGGAUCAUCAUAACUUGGCUUCGUGGAACACUAUGAUAUCAGGUUUUGUGCAAAAUGGUCAUGGUGAAGAAGCAACUGAUUUUUUCGAUCAGUUUAAGCAGACAGGGGAUAAGCCAGAUCAUGUCAUGUUCACGCAUAUUUUCCUGGCCUGUGGAAUUAUGGGAUCUGUUGAUGAGGGAAUGUUGCAUUUUGAAGCAAUGCAGAAGGAUUUUGGUAUAAUUCCUACCAUGGAACAUUAUGCCAGUAUUGUUAGUAUGCUUGGGCAGUCGGGCUACAUUGCUGAAGCUCAUGAAUUUGUGGAAUGGAUGCCUGUGGAACCAAGCAUUGAGGUCUGGGAAAAUUUGAUGAACAUGUGUCGACUUAAUGGCUUCUUAGAGCUUGGAGAUCGUUGCGCUCAAAUAAUAGAACAUUUGGAUUCUUCUAGGCUGAAUGAACAGUCCAAAAUGGGUCUUUUCCCUGUCGACGCUUCAGACCUUGCAAAGGAAAAGGAAAGGAAAAAGGCUAGUGUGGCUGAAGCUAGGAGCAAGGUCCACGAAUAUAGAGCUGGAGAUCGAUCCCACCCUGACACCCAUAAGAUCUAUGAAGAGCUGAGGUACUUGUCAGCUCAUAUGAAGGAAGCUGGAUAUAUUGCUGACACCCGGUUCGUGCUUCACGACGUUGAUCAAGAAACAAAAGAGGAAGCUUUGCUAGCUCACAGCGAGAGGCUGGCUAUCAGUUAUGGUCUUAUAACAAGCGCUGUUCGUUCUCCCAUUCGGGUUAUAAAGAAUCUUCGUUCCUGUGGAGAUUGUCACACGGCUUUCAAGAUAAUCUCAAAACUUGUUGGCCGUCUGAUCAUUGCAAGGGAUGCAAAGAGGUUCCACCAUUUUGAAAAUGGUGUCUGCUCUUGCAAAGACUAUUGGUAAACAAGAUAUUAGAAGCCGACAUUGUUAAUUUUGAUGGGAGCAAGAGUACUGUGGGCUGUUGCCUAUCUAACAUUUAGGUAACCACUAGUUUUAUAUCAGGGACAUGUAUGCUGUCAUUGGUGUAAUUUAGGCCCUUAUUAGUAUUCUGCUUUUCUGUUCAUGCGUUUACAGGCCUGAAACGUUCUUUAACUGCUGUUAUCCCUAAUUUGUUACUUGUCACAGCAAAAUAAACAGUUUGAGUGUACAUGGUUACGAACCCCUGGUGGUAAGUGGACUCUGAUUCAGAUGACUAAUUGACUACAGAGCUUUCUAACUUCUUUC